AUGGGGGGCUCCAUGCUUUUUAUGAUGACUUUAAGUUGGCGAUUGUCUUUAAUUCCGUUUAUUGUUGUUCCGAUUAUUUUGGUUGCUUCCAAAAUUUUUGGUGUUUAUUAUGAUUUUCUCAGCGAAAGAGCCCAAGAAGCCAUUGCCCAUUCUAACGAUGUUGCUGAAGAAGUUAUUUCAACAAUGAGGACUGUUAGAAGCUUUGCUUGUGAAGAUUACGAGGCUGAACGUUUUUAUGAUAAAUUAACAAAUACUUUGGGUGUUACAAAACGAAAGUCUUUUGCUUAUGUUAUUUAUCUUUGGGUUUCUGAACUUUUCCAAACAAUAAUUAAUGUUUCUGUCCUCUGGUAUGGCGGACAUUUGGUUCUAUCAGGGCAAUUAACAAAAGACUUGCUUGUCUCUUUUCUUUUAUAUCAAAUGCAAUUAGCUGAUAAUAUUAGACAACUUGGAGAGGUCUGGACAGGCCUAAUGCAAAGUGUUGGUGCUUCACGUAAAGUAUUUGAAUAUAUCGAUAGAAAACCAGAAAUAUAUACAAGUGGAGAUUGUAUGCCUGAACGCUUAGAAGGCAAGAUAGAAUUCCAAGGAGUCCAUUUUGCUUAUCCUACAAGGCCUGACAAUGAAGUUUUGAGGGGCCUUUCAUUUUCUGUAGAGCCUGGAGAAGUUGUUGCACUUGUAGGGCCUAGUGGUAGUGGAAAAAGUUCUUGUAUUGCUUUACUUGAAAAUUUUUAUUCUCCAAAUGGAGGUAAAGUAUUAAUUGAUGGAAUUCCUGUUUGUGAUUAUGAACACCAUUAUAUACAUGAAAAGAUAGCAUUGGUUGGCCAAGAACCUGUACUCUUUGCUCGUUCAAUAUCAGAAAAUGUAGCUUAUGGUUUAGACAAAUGUACAACUGUAGAUGUUGUUGAAGCAGCUAAAAUGGCUAAUGCCCAUUCAUUUAUUAUACAAACACGUGAACAAUAUCAAACAAAUGUUGGAGAAAAAGGAAGUCAAAUGAGUGGAGGACAAAAGCAACGCAUAGCUAUUGCAAGAGCUAUAGUUAGAAAACCAGCAAUACUUUUACUUGAUGAGGCCACGUCUGCUUUGGACACAGAAUCAGAACAUUUAGUACAAGAAGCAAUAUAUAAAAAUAUGAAAGGGCGCUCUGUUAUAUUAAUUGCUCACCGACUUUCAACUGUAGAAAAAGCAGAUAAAAUAGUUGAAGGCAUUUAUCGCUCACUAGUUCAACGUCAAAUGAUUGGCGGUGGGGGGAAUGGAAAUAAUAAUGGAGGGGAUAUUAUUAUUGGAGGUGAUCCAACAACUUCGGCUAAUAUAGGGGUUGAGGAGGAAGGGGAGGAGAAUAAUAAUAAAAAUUUAAAUGAUGGAAGGGAUUCAAUUACGUCUUUGGCUAGUGGUGGGGGUGGACGUAGAAGAUCGAGAAUUGGGCCUAGAAUUGUUGGAAGUAGUGGAUUGAGUAUUUCACCGAGAACUAUGGCUCAAACUUUGAUGGCUACAUCAUUUACUCAUUCAACUUCAAGUCUUCAAUCGAAAUAA